GAAACCCAGAAAUUUUCAUGAAAUCUUCGUCACCGAUCUUUAUUGUUUUCUCUCCAAAUCAACUAAUGAGAUGAGAUGUUUUUGCAGCGUUCUACGAUUUUCUGUCAUCCAUGUCUAAAAUGAGAUCGCCUUCCGAUCGCAAGCCCCCGCUCGCUGAACUUCCGAGUAAGCUUCGUCCUCCCAGCAGGAUCUUGCGCUCCAGUGUUCGCUCCACCAAAGCCCCAUUAGCUUCUGCGACGAAAUCCCAGAUGGUAAGUCGCUCGUGGGAUAUGGAAGAAUCGUACAUGCGAUCUGAAGAUCAGUCCAUUUCGUGCGAGUUAAGGGCCUUGGCAAAUAUGGUUGAACACGAAUUCGGGAACCAAGAAGCAGGUAGUACUGUCUGUCCUAAUCCAAGUAUUUUAUUCGAGAGGGGGAGAUUCUAUGACGAGUAUUCUGCUAGAAGGAAUGAGAGGCUUAAGAGGAAGAAGUUUGGUGAAACAGAGGAGAUUUCUAGGAGUAGUGUUUGUGGUCUUGGUGUUGUCGUUGAAUCUGGGAAAAGGAGGGAUUCAAAGAAAUACGAGAAGUUGAGGAAAUCGGUCCCUGCAAACUUCUCGAUUGGGGGAAUCGAUACUCCUAGAUAUUCUCUGCGGAGCAGCACUAAGGCCGCCAAGGAGAACAAGAAGCCCAACAUACCCAUAAACGCCAAGAGGCCUGCGGGUGAUGGAGAUCGUAAAGUAGUUGAAGUCCGCAGGGUUCGAAAAAGCUGAAAGCUGCAGAUGGUUUGCCAUCUUAUUCUGGAGUUUUGGAGAUUUGCUUUCGAAAGGAAUGCUUGAUGACAACACUGUUCAUCUUGUUUUGGGUUUUUCUUAUGGAGGCGAUAUAUGAUUGUGCUUCUUAGGGAAUUUUUCCUUAGUUUUCUGAA